CUCCUCCUCCUCCUCCUCCUCCUCCUCCUUCACAUCAUAAUAAACCCAGUUCAAAUAGUAAUGCUGGAAUCUGGUUAGGUUUAGCUGCGGCUGGUGGUGUUGGCUAUUAUAUGUAUAAGAGAAAUGCAGAAACCAAAAGAGGUACUUUCGAAAAAGCCGGUAGAAUUGCUGACAAUAAAAUUGAAACAGCUAAAGAACAGCUUAACAAUAAGGCAGAUGAAAUGAAUACUAAAUAUGAGCAGGAAAAGAUGAAUGCUCGUGAAGCUUUGAACGAAAAAGCUGACCAAGCCAAGGAAAAGUAUGAAGAGGGAAAGCAAUAUGCACGUAAUGCUGUAAAUGAAAAAGCUGAUGAAGCAAAAGAUAAAUACGAGGAAGGGAAAGCAUAUUUAGGCGCAAAAGCCGAGGCUACUAAAGAUGCAGCUAUUGAAAAGGGUCAUGAAAUUCAAAAGAAUGUUGGUGAAAAAGUUAGUGAAACUGGAAAAUCUAUUAAAGAAAAAGCUUAAUUAUAACUUUCUAAUAUCUUGAAAAUAUAUCAUUCUUGAUUGUUUUUUCUUGUACAUAAUUCUUUAUAUAAAUAAAUAAAACAAUCUAUUCUCCUGUUUUUAACAGUAA